UGUGUUUGAUCUGAUAGACUGUAGCUAGUGUUUGAAGCGCUCACUAACAGAUGAGGCCCGAGUGAGAACGCGGAAGAGUGGGAGUGGGAAUAUUCAGCCUACCGUCCUUUGUUUACCAUCAUGAAUGAACCUUUAAUUUGGUUGCUACAACAACCAUAGCCCCUUAAUUUUGUCUAAUAUAAGUGCAAAAGAGAAGCUUGGCGCACAUAGUGUUGUCGACCAAAUAACAUUAAGCUGAGUCUGCACCGUGCUGUGCCAAAUUGAGCCUGAAGAGGGCGAUGUCUGACAACAGCAACAGCACAGGCAGCACUGGCUCCUCAACCAACAGCUGGACCCUCCUCUCCCCCGAGGAGGCUGCUGUUGAGAAUGUCGGGCCAGUAGACGACGGCACCGAGAGCCUGGGUGACGUCCCAAGUCUCUCUGAGGAGGUGACAGGAGCUGCUCUGGAGUUCAAACCAAGUGACAUUUCAAUAGAAACUGUCCUGUCUGAAGAAGGCCAUCAGGUGUGUCAGGAGACCUCUCCAGAGUCCAGUGAAGGUCCCAUUCCUUCUAGUCCAACCCGAAUGAGUCCUCUUUUACCAAACCCUCUUGACCCUCCAGACAUCGACCUUGAGAGUCAGCCUCCAGUCAUCCAUGACAUUGUGACGAGCUCCCCGAGUGACAACGAACACCUAGGAGCCACACCCUUUGUCACCAACAUUGAUAUGGGGGCUCCACUCGAUAUUCCUGCUUCUGAACUUCUAGCAACUGAGCCUGAGGAGUCUCGCUCUGUUUCUCCCCUGACUGAGGUCCCCACCUCUACAAAACAAGCACCUGACACGCCUGCUGGCAUCGGGCCGAUCCUUGCCGGGGAGAGUUCUACCUUCACUGCUGCCUCUGAGAUAAACAUCCCCACAGAAACACUUACAGCCACUGAUCUUCCAUCUCAUGUUGAAGCUGAUAUCAGCUUCGCUCCAGAGAGCACAGAGCUGCCGAGCCAAGGCCCGGAGAAUCUGGUGACGGAAAGCCCUAUCGAUGACAGUCCGGCACCAGAGACUGUUGGUUCAGAAGAGGCAGAGGAGGACGCAACUGUGGAGAAGGAGGAGACUGAGCCAUCUGAGACAGUGACUCAGAAUGAGAGAGAAGAAGAACAAGAAGAAGAAGAAGAAGAAGGAGGAGAGCCAUCCAGUAAUUUUGACAUGGGCGACACAAGCAGCUUUGAUGAUGGACUGAGGAGGAGGAAUGUCCCUUCCUUUGAGGCACCAAGACCAAGAACAUCAGAUGAGGAAGAUGAGGAGGAGGAAGUGGAGUUCAAGCUUGCUGAGAAGAAGGAGGAAAAGCCGUGGUUCUCCUUGAACAAAUGCAUUGUGGGUGCUCUGAUCCUGCUCUUCUUAGGUUCCCUCUUCCUCUCAGGUUUUCUCUCUGACCUGGAUGACGGCGACUUUGACGGCUCCGAGAUGAGUGAUGGAGAACAAAGCAGGGACUGGCUUAGCAGUGAUCCACAGGAUAUGAAAGCGCUAUUGGAUAAACUGACACAGGAAAACCAACAAAUCGCCCAGCUAGAGGCCCAACUACAGUCUCAGAAAGAAGAACUCGACUCAGCUCUGAAGGCAGUAGCAGCGAGCGGUGAUGAAAAGGGUAAAGCGAGUCUGGAAAAAGAAAACACAAAGCUGAAAGACGAGCUGUCAUCUCUGCCCGAGCUGAAGAAAGAGUUGGAGAUUCUGAGAGCCAGGGUGACCGAACUCAGCCAGCUCACAGCUGAUCAGGAAAUGCCCCCAGCUGCCUCAAGCUCGGCAACUCAACCUAGUGACAAAGACGCUCAGAGUACCCAAAAAGCAGCUGGACCUGAGAGGAGGAAGGACACUAAUGAGGGAGAAAGGGUGAAGGAAGAACUUCAGAGGCAGAAGUCCCUUUUGGAGGAAAGCAGAAAGAGACUGCAAGGGAUGAAAAAAGAUGGAGGCGACAGGAAACGAGUGAGGGAUAGUUUGGAGGCGAUCCAGAGGAAGCUCUCCGAACAGGUCGAGAGGUGGGGUGAGAAGAAGAAACGAGAGUCCAAAUGGAAAGGGAACAAAGGCAAAGGCGUUGAGCGGGACCACUGGAAGAAAGAAGAAAAGAAAGAGCGGAGAGAAGAGAAAGACUGGAAGCAUAGCAAAGACGGAGGACGGAGGGACAAAGAGGAGAAGAAGGAGAAAGAGUGGAAGUCUCAGAACCAAAACUCUCACAAGGAGGCAUGGAGGAAACACCAGGAUGAGUGGGAGAGGAAGAAAGGUGAGCGCAGAAUGGACAGAGAGGAGAGGAGGAAGGAGAAACCGUGGCACAGCCGGCCUGGUAAGAGCUCCCACAGCCACCACCAACAUCACCACCAUCAGCCCCGUCAGCCUCAUCAGCACAACCAGAACGACUUCUGGAGAGACCAGGAGCAGAAGCUCAGACGCAAUGUUCGCCCCCAGCUGGGCUGCAGCUCAAUGGAGGACUGCGCCAGCAAGGAGGGGCUCUACCCAGUGGAGCUGCCAGAGUUUGAGGAGCUGCUGGAGGGCUACCUGAGCAAGCUUGAAGGAUCUUCAUCUGAGAGCAAGGACAGGAUCAGGAAGCUGACUGCAGAGUUCUUCGAGGACGGCGUGUUUAUCCACGACAGGGUUCUUUUCAGUGACUUUGCCGAGGACGUGGCUGACAUUCUGGAGGACAUGGUUGACGUUUUAGAGGCCGGUGGGCCGAAAGAUGACGACUCCCUGGAGGAGGAGAUGGAGGAAUUUGAACGAGAAGCCCUGUGGAAGUUUGCCGCCACAGCUUAAACAGACAAAGACAAAACACAACACUAAGAUGCAGCACAAGUGGUGGUUUUAUAGGACAUUUCUUGCCUACAUUCUCCCCUAAGAGCUGUAAUUGUAGUAGCUUCUGGUACAGAGUGGUUGUGCCUCUCAUAAAUGUGUUCCUCUGAGUCUUCAAUUAUAAGCUAGACUUGUACUUGUCAUUUUGGAUUUAGCUGUUGUUACCUACCUCUGUCAGGUCAUGCCUCCUAAAUGCGAAAUCCUUCGGUAAUGUGUUGUGUGGAUGUUCCCCUGCUCUGUAGUGUUUCUCAAUGCAUAGUGCAUGUUGCAGUUCAUAAUAUAAUUCAAACUGAUGAUAUUCAGGUCACACAGACACAAAAAAAUGGGCUUUCAGGAGAUGGUAUUUGCAAAUAAUUCUGUUGAGCGCCAGUGCAAUGUUUAAAUAUACUCAUGGUCAAGUCAUUUACAUAAGUUGUCAAUCACAGAAAGUCAUGUUAAAUUGACACUUAAAUACUUAAUACUUUUCUGUCAUUUGACAUCCUGCCCACUUUGUGGAAACAACCUGCCGCUAUUCUGAGCAGGUUAAAACAAAUGCUGAGGGGUUUUUUUGUUUGUUUUAUUAUGGGUUUUUUUUUCUUUUUUUUGCACAUACCAUUUGCCUCCACCACCAGCUGUGUGUAACUAUCUAAUCCCAGAGUGUGAGAUCCUGGUUCUUUCAGUGAUAGAAUCAGAUCAGGUCAGACCAGUUUUGUGUCAGCAGCUCUUCAGUAGAUUUGGGUGAUCCAGCCUCUGAGCGUUUUGUUUCUAGAUUCUAGUCUUUUCUUCCUCCGACUGCCCGCGGUCAGUUCACAGCAGAUGUGUGGAAAGGGGGAGUCGGUUUGUGGAACUUCAGUACUGCUCAAAAAAAACAAACAAACAAACAAAAAAAAGCAAUAGGACAAAGUGAUAGCCAUAGAUAAAUUUAUGACUGCUAAACCACUUUAGCACUUUUCUCCAGCAUUCACAUUUACAUUAGUCUUUUCUCACUUUUCAGUUCAUCUUCUGCUUUUUUUUUUUUCAAUAAUGUAGCCAUGGGGACCUCCAACACAUGAUCUACAUAUACUGGGUACUCCAGCUUUUGUGAUCCAUCCCACAGUAGUUUUAUUUAAUAGCUUUGUUAAUACACCAGUAAUGAGAUUUGACAGCCAAAUUACUAUUUUUACUCUUUUCGUUGUCCUCUUAUUUUGUUGGCACAUUGAUAACUGAUAUGCACACAAGUGAUAAAGUUACUUUGUUCAGGAAAAUGGCAAAAUGAGGAAGCUGCUGCCAUUUGGUUUUUCAAAUUUUAAGUUGAGUGAGCCAGGCAAAAGGUAAAUAAAAAAAAAAAGACACUUUGUCCUUAUUUGAAACAAAAGAAUUAAUAUUGUUAUUUUGUUGUUGUUUUGUUUUAGUGUUUGAUUAUAGUUAUAUCUCAUCAUGAAGUUUUCCCUGUUUAAGCGGAUGUGAAGUUUAAGUCGACAGGUUGUGAUUGCUGGUUCUUAUUCUUUGGUGAAGGAAUUUUUGAAGUGUUUCAUUUUUAUUUAUUGUCAAAACACUGCAACUCUUUUCCUUAUUCUUAACGAGAAGAACCACAGAUUUUGUCCAAGGCCGUACACAUCGAAUAUGUGAAAAUUGUGACGUUUUUGUUUGGUUUUCAGAAAUUUAGUUUGCCAGCUACUGCUUACGUGCCUUUAUUAUUAUAGAUAUGUUAGUUAGGUUGUUCGAGAGGUCUUGGAUUUCAUUAGCUUCUGGAAGGUUAAGAAGAACGAGUUUACACUACUUGCAAUUUUACUGCUGCUUGAAGGGCAGAGAAAGAAUGUUAUAGGUUUUACACAUGAUGUGUCGAACGGUUUUUUGUUAAACGUUCUCUGCUGUUUGUAAAGAGGAACUUUUUUUGAAUGUUUUUAGACCAAAGGGAUCAGAAGAAAGCAUUUCAGCAGAUGAGUUCUUUAAUGAAACACAUUUAUGAAAGUUCAGUUUGAGAGGUGUUUUUGUCUUUGUGGGACAACCGUAGGGCUUAACUGUGCCGUAGGAACCGGCUCUAAUGUGCAUGUAAUUGAUCCCUGGACAAAUGUAUUGAUAAAUUUGAAUCAUUUUUAUUUUUUGCCAUUAUCAGUUUUGUCCUCUUUUAGGAUGUCAGUGUUGAGUUCAAUAAAGUUUCCACCAUUAAAUAUGUAAAA